AUGGCGACAAGUGCACCGGGUCAACUCGAAAGUCGCCUUUUCUACGUUGUAGACCGUGUGUCAGGCAGACGUUUUCUCAUAGAUACCGGUGCCGAUGUCAGCGUUAUGCCCGCUAGCAAAGCCCAUCGCAGCCGACAACCGUGUUUCACCCUACGCGCCGCCAACUCCACCACCAUCCCAGUAUUUGGCCAGCAGUCCCUCACUUUGAACCUGGGCCUACGACGAGACUUCCGAUGGAUUUUUCACGUAGCCGAUGUCUCCCAGGCCAUAAUUGGUGCUGACUUUCUGACGCACUUCCGACUCCUCGUUGACGUUGCUCGGAAACGCCUUAUCGACGCCACCACCCAUCUUCAGGUUCACGGCAUCCGGCAUCGCAUUCCACCCUGCCACAGCCUUUCUUACUGUGCGCCGGCGUCGCCCUACUCCCAUAUUCUGGAAGACUUCCCUGAGCUCACCAAGCCCCCCGACUGGACUCGCCCGGUCAAGCACGACGUCGUACACCACGUUGUCACUCAAGGCCCGCCCGUUCACUUUCGCCCGCGUCGCUUGGCUCCCGAAAAGUUCUCCAUCGCUAAGGCUGAAUUCGAGCACAUGCUGGAGCUUGGCAUUAUCCGACCGUCAAGCAGCAGCUGGGCAUCCCCACUCCAUAUGGUGCCCAAGAAGUCGGGAGACUGGCGCCCUUGCGGUGAUUACCGUGCCUUAAACCGCGCAACGGUACCCGACGAUACCCCAUCCCUAACAUCUUAG